AUGGUAGUCAACUUUGAGAAGAUCAAGGUUGCUCAAAUGUAUGCCAUACCUCUUGAUGAUAAAGCUUUCUUCCUUUGUGCCACUAUCUUUGUGAUCAGUUUUGCCUUUGGUAAUGGGAGAUCAAUUCGUGAUCCAGUUUUUCACUGCCUUUUUGAAACCUCAGAUGCCGCAGAGACAUGUUACAGAGCAGCCCAUAACCCCGCUGGUCUCCAGCGUGGAAGAAGUCUUGGAUUGGCUAUGAAGAGUCUUCUUCCGACAGAUAUCGACAACUGGCCUAGCAUGAAUAACAGCCAGAAGGCACAAAAGUGUUUGACAUCGUUGAAGAACUUUAUGGCGCCACUCGAGGUUGUCAUGGCAAGCCUUAAACGGCCACACUUUAACUGCAAGUCAUCGGGAAACACGUUGAACAAGACAGUCCAUGGAUUACAUCAACUCCUGGAGACAGCUAUUAAGGACAUUAACAUAUAUGCCCGUCGUCAAAGUAUUUCCCUGAAACCAUUUAAACUGACAUCUGUGGACAUGACAAGAAUGACAGCACUAGCCAAGAGGCAACUGAAACAGUCGGGAUUGUCGGCAAGUCGAGCAGUGGUAGUUCGAAAUUAUGUCUUCUUGGAUUACCUAAACGAAGUUGUUUCCGACAUAAAACUCACUCCAAGAUCCUGCUUUAAUACCAAAGUUCAGCUUAGUCAGAUUUGCCCGGUGUGA